AUGGGUAGGCCUAAGGAUGAGCACUACUGGAAUCAAGUUACCAAAGAAGAAAACGGUUCAUUGAAGUGCAAGCAGUGUGGACUCAUGUUUAAAGGAGGUGUUUCAAGAAUUAAAGCACAUGUGGACCGAAUAAAAGGAAAAGGCGUUCGUAUAUGCUCCUCCAUUGAUCAUGAUCAUGUUCAGAACAAUAUCAUAUACGGUUCAAAUCAUUCGCAAGAAGCUAUAAAUGCUAUGACUCCAUUACAAGGUUGGGCAUCGAUGUACGUUGUGAAUGGAAGCAACGAUGUUAAUAGUGUUCUGGAAAGUGAGAUUAGUAACUUAAAUCAAUUGGUUUCUGAUCUAACUUGCGAGGAAGGAGAAGUUACGGAACAAUUACAAUGGCUGGAGUCUCGGGGCAGGAAGCGCAAGAGGCAAGUUGAUAUUUGGUUAAAUAAAGUACAAGAACUGAAAAGGAGAGCUAUUGUCAUUAAUGACUUACAAGAACUACAGUUUGGGUUGACUGAUCUUUAUGGAUUGGAAAUAAGGCAACUGAUUGAAGAAGUGCAAAGUCAUAAGGAACAGAAGCCUCUGGUGUUCUCAAAUGAAUUUGUUGGUAAAUAUUUUGAGAAAAACAUAAAGAGGAUGUGGAAAUUUCUAAAGGAUGACCAAGUUUUUGUUAUUGGCAUACAUGGAAUGGGCGGAGUGGGGAAAACAUUCCUAGCAACUUACAUGGAGAAUGAGAUUAAUAGAAAGGGAACUUUCAAGCAUGUCUUCUGGAUCAAUGUUUCCCAUGAUUUCAGCAUUUUCAAGUUGCAACAUGACAUUGCGGAAACAAUAGGGGUUAAACUUAACAGAGAUGAUGAGAGAACUAGAGCAACAAUUUUGUCAUUGGCUUUGGAGACAAGAGAAAAAACAGUAAUUAUUUUGGAUGAUGUUUGGAAAUAUAUUGAUCUGCAAAAGGUGGGGAUUCCUCUUAAAGUGAAUGAAGAAGAAGAAGAAGAAGCUUGGGAGUUAUUUUUGCUAAAACUUGGGCACCGUGGAACGCCUGCAACACUUCCCCCUCAUCUACUUGAGAUUGCAAGAUCUGUUGUGAUGAAAUGCAAUGGUUUACCACUUGGAAUCAGUGUGAUGGCUCGGACCAUGAAAGGGGAAAAUGACAUCCGUCGGUGGAGACAUGCAUUGAAUAAUCUUGAGAAAUCAGAAAUGGGAGAAGAGAUGAAGGAAGAAGUCCUAACCGUACUAAAACGUAGCUAUGACAAUUUAAUUGAAAAGGUCAUGCAAAACUGUUUCUUAUUCUGUGCACUGUUACCUAGCAUUAGACAAGAGGAGUUGGUUAUGAUGCUUGUCCAGAGUGGGUUGUUAAAUGGAAAGAGGAGUUUGGAGGAAAUAUUUGAUGAGGGGCAUGUCAUAGUGGAUAAACUCCUGGACCAUUGUUUAUUGUUCGAUGAAAUUGAGGUUUUACGAAUGCAUGGUCUGGUGAGGAACAUGGCGUGCCAUAUCAUGAACCAGAGUCACACUUACAUGGUAAAAUGUCAUGAAAUGUUGAGUGAUUUACCUCUCAUGCAGGAAUGGACAGUUGAUUUAGAGGUAGUUUCUUUGGCAGGUAACGAGAUAGAAGAAAUCCCAGAGGGCACAUCACCUCAUUGUCCACGCUUGUCCACCUUGAUUUUAUCUCAUAAUUUUAUCCGUCAUAUUCCCAAGUGUUUUUUCAGACACAUGAAUGCUCUAACACUACUUGAUCUAUCUGAAAAUUAUGGGUUAACAUCUUUGCCAAAGUCGCUGUCUAAGUUGAGGUCUCUUACUUCUUUAGUGCUCCGUGAAUGUCGUCAAUUGGAAUAUAUACCUCCACUGGGAGAUCUACAAGCAUUGUCAAGAUUGGACAUUUCAGGAUGUGAUUCGAUCCUCCGAGUACCGGAAGGCUUGCAAAAUCUAAUAAACUUGAAAUGGCUUGAUCUGUUGCAGAAUGAGAAUUCAACGGUGAAAUUGAUAGCAGGACGUGUACUAGCCGGUUUGAGCAAUAUGCAAUAUCUGGAUCUCCGCGGUUGGUCAGGUAUAAAAGUAGAAGAUGUAAAAGGGAUGACUAUGCUUGAAUGUUUUGCAGGAAGCUUUCUCGAUCAGGAUAACUACAACCGUUAUGUGCAAGAAAUUCAGGACACUGGUUAUGGACCUCAAACCUAUAUUAUCUAUUUUGGAAAAUUUAAGACUGCCACGCCUGGUUUUUGUGAGGAUUCUAUUUAUCUUGAAUUCAAGCGUCGAAGGGUAUGGUUUGGAGAUUGUGAUGAAUUACCCUAUUUACUGCCAACAGACCUUGCGGAAUUAUCUGUACAUGACAAUAAUCAAUGGGAAUGCUUAUGUGCUGCUCUGUCAUCUAAUGGUUCUCUUUCAUUGGAGAAUACUUACAUUCAUAAAUGCACAAAUUUGAAGAGCUUGUUCUGUUUAUGUUGUUCCUUAUGCACUAAUAUCCAAAGCCUCAAGUCUUUGCACCUUGAUUUCUUGGAAAGUUUAACUGCCAUCUGCAAGGAGCAUAUUGUUGAUUUAACACAAUCUUUGUCUUUGAGCGGGGUGUUUUCUCAACUCCAGAAAUUUUAUAUCAGAGAAUGCCAUGCAAUAGAGACGUUGCUGACACCAGGGUUAGUGCCACAACUUCGAAACCUGAAGUUUAUAACUGUAUGGAACUGCAAGUCAAUGAAGGAGAUAUUUGCAGUGAGUUACAGCGGUGGUGAUGAUGAUGAUAGUUUCACCAUUACACUUCCCAAGUUGCACACUUUGCAAUUGGGGUUUCUACCACAAUUGAAGACCGUGUGCAAAGGAAUUUUAGUCUGUGCAUCUGAGAAUAUAUUGAAAAUCCGUGACUGUCCCAAUAUAGAAGAGCUCCAUAGAAUACGUCGUGUAUGA